AUGACACCAGCACCACCAAAAUUUGGCGUUCGAUUUUUAACACGAAAAGAACGUACUGUUCGACGUGUUACUAAAUGUGAAACACGAGAAAUUAAAAAACAACCUCCAGCACCACCUCCAACUCCCACCAUCAAUAAGGUUAAACCUCGUGUUAUACCUGCUCGUCCUAAACCUGCAACUCUCGUCAAAAUUCGUGAACCAAAGAAGGUAAAAUCUAUGGUUGAAACAUCAUCAAAUAAUGAAAAAGAACAAGUUAGAACAACAAAUUCACCUUCAGUAAAUCGCAUUAUAUCUUCACCUUCGGUAAAUCGAACAACAUCUUCACCAUCGAUUAAAAGUCCAAUAGGUUCUGCUCGUACAUUACAAACAACUGACUUACAAAGAUUAUCUCGUUUAACUUGUUCACGUGAAUUUAGUUAUUUUCAUAAAGAAAUAAAAUGUGAAUUACGAACUAAUGAACAUCAACUUGCUUUUUUUCAAACAAAAUUAUAUCAUUUAAAAAAUGAAUUUGUUAAUCAAAAUUCUGAACAUCAUAAUUUAGAACAGAUAAGAAAUUAUUUUGCUGAAGCUUUACAAAAAAAUAUUGAUCGAAGAAUUAAACCUGAUGAAUUUAUUACUUUAGCUGAUAAACUUAAACAAGAUAUUAAACAAGCAAUUGAUAAAUGGUUAAAAAGGAAAGAACCGGGAAAACAAAAUCGAGCAUUAAGUGAUUAUACACAAAAACGUCAAUCACGUAUUCGAGAAUUAAUUAAAGAAACAAUUGAAGGAACAAAAAAACAACAAGAUUCAUCACAAGAAAAUUUGGACGAAUCUCCAAUGGAUAAUUCUCAAGAUCAGUCUCAAAUUGAAGAGGAAAUCAUUGAUUAG